CGAAAAUUUCAAACAAAAUCACAAUGGCCAAAUUGGAAACUCAAACACCGGCGUAUCUAAAUAGUGAAUUUAUACAAAAAGCUUUGGAAAACUAUUUAUGCUGCAAUGAAGUGAAAAUAAAUGAAUUUGUAAUUUCAAAUUUGGUCUCGGGUUCGGGUGAAAAUUAUUGCAGUGAUAUUUAUGAAAUUAAAUUUAAAUAUCAAUUAAUGGAGGGGGAGGAAGAAGAGCAGCAAGAAAGUGUGGUAGUCAAAAGUAUGCCAAAACACAAGCAAUUGGUUUUAAGAAAUUUAAAAAUUUACAAUAGGGAGUUGUAUUUCUAUAGAAAUAUUUUACCCAAAAUGGAAACGUUAAUGAAGAUAAAGGACAAGGAUUAUGUUCUGGGACCAAGACUUUUUUACAAUAUCUCCCAGCCGGUGGAAACAUUAGUGUUUCAAAAUUUAAAUCCCUUGGGUUUUCAUUUGCAAAGUCGACAAACCGGUUUAGAUAAGAUACACUCUCUCAUGGUUUUACAAAAACUAGCGCAAUAUCAUGCUUUGUCACUGAGUUUAAAUGAAUGGGAUGAUAAUAUAUUUUCCAAUAUCUUGCAACGUUAUCCUUUUGGUUUAUUGAAUAUGGACUCCUGUAAAUCGGACUCUUUUAAGGCUUUAUUUGGUGGACAACUUUUGAAACUCAUGGAAAUCCUUAAAAAUGAUUUGCAGAUAACAGAGGGUCUUGUAAAGAAAUUAGAAGAUUAUUAUGCUCAUUUUACGGAACGUGUUUUGAAAUCGGUGUAUCCUUUGAAAGGACAAUUGAAUGUUUUAAAUCAUGGUGAUUUGUGGGUGAAUAAUUUAAUGUUUCGCUAUGGAUCGAAAGAUGAUAGUAAGCCGGCCGAAGUAGAUUUAUCGACUUUCAACUCAGCUUUUAUGGCAGCCUAGGCUUUGACGUCAACUAUUUCCUAAACACAAGCGUUCAAUUAGAUGUCUUAAAACACAAUCGUUCCGAAUUAAUCGAUACCUAUACCAAUACACUAUUACAAACACUAGAAACACUACCCUACCCCAUUACGCUGCGACCCACUAAAAAACAAAUUCAACAAGAAAUAUUCGAAAAAGAAGCGUAUGGAUUUUUUGUUGCAUUUGCAUUUUUUCCAUUGAUGUCAAUGUAUGCCAACGAUUCCCAUGACAAUUCGUUGGAAAAAUUAAAAGAUGCAAAAUUUGCCGAACAAAAAAUUCAAUUAAUGUUCACCAGCAAUAAGAGAACAAUUGAAACGUUGAAAUUUAAUAUUAAACGUUUAGAACAAUUAGGUGUAUUGUAAAAUUUUGCAAAUUGUGAUACAAUUUGAAAUAUGAGAGGAAUUUUAAGUGAUGAAAAAUGCAAACAGAAAUUAAAUUUAUUAAGCUUUUUUAAAAAUUUUAAAUUUUAGAUUGUAGCAAUAUUUGCAAAAUACAUGUGUAUUAUUUUUUUUAUGA